UAUUUUGAAGAAAAAACAAACGGCUGCGUAUUUCCGGUCCUCCUGUUUCUGCAGCUCAAUCAGGUGACCAGAUGAACUCACGCGCACGUUCUUCUCCAUUGAGCAGCGCAGGUCGCCAAACAAAAGGGGUUGAUAAAAAUGUUGCCUGACAAAGACGGCCCCAGCGGCGGCGGGCCGUGUUCCACCCAGGGUUCUUCUGGGGAGGACCCCUCGGUGUCCCUGUUCAGAGAGUACCUCCGCCUGAAGACCGUGCACCCAGAGCCCGAUUACGAUGCUGCUCUUCGUUUCUUGGACAGAAUCGCAGAGGAGCUUGAUUUGCCUAUGAAAAAGAUUGAGCUUUUCCCUCGUAGGGUCUUGACCAUCAUGACCUGGGAGGGAACCAACCCUGCUCUAAAAUCCAUUCUGUUGAAUUCCCACACGGAUGUGGUCCCCGUCUACCAGGAACAUUGGAAGUACGACGCCUUCACAGCAGUGAAGGACGCAGAGGGGAACAUCUACGGCCGAGGAGCGCAAGACAUGAAGUCUGUCACUAUACAGUAUAUCCAGGCGAUCAGGAGACUGAAGGCAGAGGGAAGUCAACCAGUGCGCACUGUCCAUUUAAUGUUUGUUCCAGAUGAAGAAGUGGGCGGUCAUAAAGGAAUGGAAACCUUUGUCACUCACCCAGAGUUUCAAAAGUUAAACAUUGGCUUUGCACUCGAUGAAGGUCUGGCCAGCCCUGGGGAAGCCUUCACUGUGUUCUAUGGAGAGAGGAACCCCUGGUGGAUCACGAUCCACUGCCCAGGCAACCCUGGCCAUGGGUCUCGAUUUGUAGAGAACACGGCUGCGGAGAAGCUGCGAAGUAUCAUCAACUCCUUCAUGGAUUUCAGAGAGACGGAAAAACAAAGGUUGAAUAUGAGCCAGUGUUUCACUCUGGGUGACGUCACUACCGUCAACAUGACCAUGGUGCAAGGAGGGGUUGCCUACAACGUAAUCCCCGCUGAGAUGGAAGUGAGCUUUGACCUGAGAAUACCUCCCACCGUCAAUCUUCAGGGGUUUGAAAAGCAGAUCAAGCUGUGGUGUAAAGAAGCAGGCGAAGGAAUCACCUAUGAGUUUGCUCAGAAACACAUGAACCAGAAUGUGACCUCUACUGAGGAGAGUGAUCCCUGGUGGAAUGCAUUCAGCACUACCUGCAAGGCAAUGAAUAUGGUUUUGGAAAAGGAGAUAUUUCCUGCAGCCACUGAUAGCCGUUUUAUCCGAGCUGUGGGGAUCCCAGCGGUGGGCUUCUCCCCCAUGAACCGGACCCCCAUCCUGCUGCACGACCACAACGAGUUCCUCAACGAGCAGGUGUUCCUGAGUGGCAUCCACGUGUACCAGAGACUCAUUCUGGCUCUUUCUAGCGUUCCCGCCUUCCCUGACGAGACAAAUCCCUUUCUUUAGCCCCCUGGUCAACACAUUAAACUAAAGAACUAGCAGAUAUUGCCAAAGAAUAAGGAACAUGUAUUCAUAUAUACAUAUAGGAUUUCCUUAAUACAAUGAUUUUCUGUUAAUGAAAUUAAUACUCAGGUGUGUGUGUGUGUGUGUGUGUGUGUGUGUGUGUGUGUGUGUGUGUGUGUGUGUGUGUGUGUGUGUGUGUGUGUGUGUGUGUGUGUGUGUGUGUGUGUGUGUGUGUGUGUGACUGAAACAGCGGUGUAACACUAUGAUCAUCUUUGCAUUCUAGGUUGGCCGUGUGUCAAAGCAGUCUUUAGUUAAUAUUAUUUGCUGUUUGAAGAAGGGGUUCUAUAAUUUCAAAUAUAGAAUGAGAGUAAUUGACUCAUAUCUAUCUUUCAUUUAAGCUUUUUGAUCCUCACCUUUUGUAAAUGCAGUUUUAAUCCUAAACGUUUUAUGAUGCAUUUUACUUUAUAAUGAUGACUUCUAAUAAAAUAAUGAAUAUUUUAUGAAACUGGA